UGGAGCCGAUAGCUGAUCGGUGAACCCAGUCAUCACAUGUACUUUGUCACGGUGGCAAUUGGUGGACGCUUUGUGAUUUUGCUGUAUAGUGUUCGGGAAUAUAAUAUUUCUAUUCAUUUAACAAAAUUGCUGAAUACCAAUUAAACUAAAACUCAUAAUGGAACUAACAAUAUUAAAUCUAGUUUUGUUUACUACUUUCUGUUUGAGUUGUGUGAAUUGCAGACCAGAUUUAUAUCUAAAAAAUGAAAUUACCAAAACAGAAUGUCCGCCAAGGGAGAAAUUGAAACAUCAACAGACGUGUGGCUAUGCGAGUUGUCCAAAACCCGCCUCUGAUAAAUUGAAUGUUCAUUUAGUUCCACAUACACACGAUGAUGUAGGGUGGUUGAAGACAGUUGAUCAAUAUUAUUAUGGUAGCCAGACUCUUAUCCAAAAAGCUGGUGUUCAAUAUAUUAUAGAUUCAGUUGUGCAAGAGUUACUAAAGGAUCCUAAAAAAAGAUUUAUAUAUGUUGAGUCAGCCUUUUUCUUCAAAUGGUGGAGAGAACAAGAUGAGAUUACUCAAGCCCAAGUUAAGCAACUAGUUAACGAAGGUCGCCUAGAAUUUAUAGGGGGGGCGUGGAGCAUGAACGACGAAGCGACAGCUCAUUAUCAAAGUAUUAUUGAUCAAUUUUCUUGGGGUUUAAGGAGACUGAAUGAUACUUUUGGAAUAUGUGGAAGACCGAAAAUUGGUUGGCAAAUUGAUCCUUUUGGACACUCUCGAGAAAUGGCUUCAAUAUUUGCUCAUAUGGGUUACGACGGUCUGUUCUUUGGACGUUUAGAUUAUGAAGAUAAGAGGCAACGUCUCAAGACCAAAACUGCGGAAAUGAUAUGGCAAGCUAGUGCAAAUCAAGGAAAAUCCUCUAAUUUAUUUACUGGUGUACUCUACAAUCAAUACCAACCUCCUGAGGGUUUCUGUUUCGAUAUUCUAUGUGCGGACGAACCAAUUAUUGAUGGCAAACAUAGCCCAGAUUAUAAUGUGGAUAAAAGGAUCGGCCAGUUUUUCUCUUAUGUGAAGAAUAUGUCGCAACAUUACAAAACUAAAAACGUACUCAUAACUAUGGGCGAAGAUUUCCACUAUCAGAAUGCUAACAUUUGGUAUAUGAAUCUUGAUAAGCUAAUCAAAUAUGCUAAUGAGAAGCAAAGCAACGGAUCGGAUAUUAAUCUCUUCUAUUCGACGCCAUCUUGUUAUCUAAAGGCUCUUCACGAUGCUAACGAAAAAUGGCCGACGAAGUCAGAUGAUUUUUUUCCAUAUGCCUCCGAUCCUCAUGCCUUUUGGACAGGAUAUUUCACUUCACGUCCGACUUUGAAACGUUUCGAAAGAGUUGGAAAUCAUUUUCUACAGAUCAGCAAACAGCUUUUCGUUCUCACAAAACAGAAUAAACAAAUUUUCGAAUCACAUCUGACGUUUAUGCGUGAAACCAUGGGAAUAUUGCAACACCAUGAUGCUAUUACAGGAACAGAAAAACAAAAAGUAGCGUUUGAUUACGCAAAACAAUUGGCAGUUGCUUUUAGAGCCUGCGAAAUAAACUCCAGACUAAUUUUGAAUACAAUUGUGUCUGGGAAUGUGAAAGCACUGUCUAAAUCAUAUGAUGGAGAGUGGGAUCAUCAAUUCGAAUUCAAAAAUUGUCUGAACUUAAAUAUAAGCCAAUGUGAUAUAUCUGAAAAUAGUCAACAAUUCACAGUUACUGUUUAUAAUCCGUUAUCACAUUCAACUUUCCAAUAUGUACGUGUGCCAGUGAUGGACGCCGACUACCAAGUGAUGGAUUACCGAAUUAACUGUUUUACAGAUAUUCCAACAGAAUCACAAAUGGUUCCCGUGCCAUCUCCAAUCAACCAUAUAAAGUAUAGAUCAUCAAAUGCGACUAACGAACUGGUGUUCUUAGCAGCAGAAGUCCCUCCGCUAGGCUACAAAUCGUAUUUUAUCUCGAAGCAGGCAAGAUUUCCGACUAAAUUCACUCCAGUAGUACACAUGGUCUCUGACCAACCGCCAGCAUCCGUAGAAGAAAAUGACCCCAUAACAAUUGGAAACAAAUACAUAAAUAUCACAAUAGAUAAUAAUGGCUUAUUAUCAUCGGUUUCAUCAAAUGGAAUUACUACACCUGUUUCUCAAAAAUUUUUCUAUUACGAUGCGGCAAUUGGAAAUAACAUGGCAUUCGUUAAUCGCUCAUCAGGAGCGUAUAUAUUCCGGCCAAAUAAUACAAUACAUUUGAUUGCAGAGAAAGCAUCAAUUCACAUUUUUCGAGGCCCAGCGGUAGAUGAAAUUCACCAAAUAUUUAACGAUUGGAUAAGCCAAGUUAUACGUGUUUAUAAAAACGAAAACCAUAUAGAAUUUGAAUGGAUGAUUGGCCCUAUUCCAAUUGAUGAUGGAGUUGGAAAGGAAAUCGUUACAAGAUUUGAUUCAGAUAUAAAAUCCAAUGGUGUUUUUUUCACAGAUUCAAAUGGUCGGGAAGAGAUCAGAAGAAAACGAAAUGAAAGAGAUACUUGGACGCCAAACCUUCUAGAGAAAGUGGCUGGUAAUUAUUAUCCACUUACAGCAAAGAUUGCAAUAGAAGACCAGAAAACUCGAAUGGCGGUUUUAGUUGAUAGAGCGCAAGGCGGUAGCAGCUUGAAAGAUGGUUCGAUUGAAAUUAUGAUUCAUCGUAGACUUCUUCAUGACGAUGCAUUCGGUGUUGAAGAAGCCUUAAACGAAACCGCUUUCGGGAGUGGAUUGAUUGUACGAGGCCAACACUAUCUAGUUUUAGGACCCCCGACAGGUGGAAUACCAUCUACUAAAGCACAGGAACGCUUUUUGCAGAUGGAAAAACUUUUGCCGAAUUGGUUGUUUUUCAGCAACGCUGAUCAAUGGUCUUAUAGUGAAUGGCGGAGCAAUUUGAGUAACAUUGGCCUGGGUAUUUCGCAAUCACUUCCACAAAAUAUCAACCUCAUGACAUUAGAGCCAUGGCACACUAAUGAAAUUCUCCUACGGUUUGAACAUAUUCUGGAGAAAGAAGAUGAUGAACAAUAUUCAAAACCAAUUACAUUUAAUUUGAAGGACGUGCUACGGUUUUUGAAAAUCCAACAUGUUCGAGAAACCACUCUUGAUGGUAACAUGUGGUUAGAUGAAAUGCAGCGUUUGACAUUCACACCAGAUUCAAGUGAAGCGUCCAGAAACGAGUUUCUCUUUCGAAAUAAGAAAUUGGAUGAUCCUAAUUUAGAUUCCAUUCAGGUGGCUAGUAAACCACUUAUCACGACAGAAUACUGGCAUGAGAAUUUAAGUCAAGCUUGGCAUCGGCCAAAAAGGACCAUAAAAAAAAGCAAAGAAGACAUAGAAGUAUGGAAUGCACGAUCCAGAGCUUUAGAUAUUGAAACUCUUCCACCUCAAGACAAUGAUCCGGCGGUAAUUACAUUAUCGGCAAUGCAAAUAAGAACAUUCAUAAUUACCUUGGAACCAGAAAUCUAAGGAUAAACAAUGUCAAACCAAUAAAAACAUGUUAUACGAUAUAAAAGUGCAUGAAUAUGUAAAUUAAUUUCUACUUA